GCUUCCGUCCAGACAGCCCGGGGUCCUUCUUACCCGGAUGUUAGCUUAGCCGCUACGAUCAGCACCAGGCGGUGUGUCUGUGGUCGGAGCGCGGUGCCUGUUGGACAACCGCGGGUCUCGUGAGGUUUGGGUCGCUUUGGACCCUCUGCUGGGGUUCGGGUGAACAUGUGGGGCAGCGGCCGCCUCGUCCUUCAGGAGCUGCUCACGCACGCGGCUGUCAGGCGCUUCUCAGGGACACCUGCUCAGUGCACGGUGGUGGUCGAACGAUGGUGGCAGGUUCCUCUGUCCAAAGUGGGCAGUCCCCCGAGACUGUACCCUCGGAGACACCGAGUCUACCGGCUGGUGGAGGACGCCAAACACUCAGCCAAGGAGAAGAUGGAGCUGAUCCUGACCCAGACCGUCCCGAAGCUGGGCGGACGAGGAGACACGGUGUUCGUGAGGAAGUCCGUUGGCCGGAACAAGCUGCUGGCAGAAGGUCUGGCCGUGUAUCCGUCUCCAGAGAACAAGCAGAUGUUUGCUGAGGAGCUGCGGCUUCUGUACGAGGGGAGACCGGAGGACAGAACCCAGACCCGGACCGGACAGAUGACGGUGGAGUUCCUGAGAGGAUGCAGACUCGACAUAAACCAUAUCCCGUCUGAGGACUUCCAGCUCACCAAAGAAGUGGUGUGCAGACAGUUUUUGAAGAAGCUUGGAGUGGUGGUGCCGCUGCAUGCGCUGACCCUCCCGUUUGAACCCAUUAAGGAGCUGGGUGACUACUGGUGUGACGUCACGGUGAACGGAUUGGACACGGUCCGUGUUCCCAUGUCGCUUCUGCCCUAUGAGGAUCCGUCUGCGGCAUCCCAGCGGAAGCGGAAGGCCCAAAGGAAGGCUUCUUCAGAGGAGGGGGUUCCUUCUGACUCUGCCAGGACCCCCCAGUCGGUCCAAGACUCCACAGAACCGCCAACAGGAAGUCCAGAUGAAAGAUCAAAGUAGAGGGGGGCAGUGGCCGGCCUGCAGUUGGCUCCUCCUUAAUAACUGCUCCUCAGGAGCUGCAGGCGGGGCUCGGUUCUCCUCCUGGAGCACGAACUGUAGAGUGGAUCUGUAAUGUGGAAACAAAAGUAAAUCUCUUCUUUCUUGGUUCCAUUUCUG